AUGUCCCCAUCGCCAUCCACAACAUCCGCAUCCAUACCACCCUCCAUCGCCCUCCUAGCAGCCUUCAGCAUCCUCCUCCUGACCUACACAACCAUCUCCUUCACCCUCAACUUCGCAUACAACAUCCUCCGACUCACCAGAGGCUGUAGAGAACGCUCCGACCGAGUUGCGAUACCGAUUUCCUCACUCGUGUUCUCACUCUUGUGGACAGUCGUGUGUUAUAUCAACGUGCGGGAAAUCUCGGAGUUAUGGACAAAGUCGGUGCUGCCGCUGAAGGUCGAUGGGGUUGUGUUGACGUUGGGUGUGGUGGUGUUGGUUGGGUUGAGGAAGUUUUGGAAGGGAUAUGAGGGGGAGGGAUAUGAGGGGGAGGGGCAAAGGAGGGGGGAGGUGUUGUGGAGAGGGGGGCUAAAGGUGGAGAGGGUGCAGGAUCAUGAGAAGGGGUUCUAG